AUGAUGAACCUCUUGGCGCCCAUGUUGAAGAUGCUGUGUGGAGCUCCCGGGGUGGCCGCCAUGGACAGCCGGAUCUCUUGUCGCGUCACUCUGGCCUUGCUGGCCGUUAUGGUGCCCUGGUUGACUGCGCACUCGCCAUCGACAGGACGCAGCAACACGCUGGUGGGUGGAGAUAGAUGCCGGGGGAUUUUGGGAGAAGGCGUGAACGCAUCGCAUGGCAUGUGUCUGUGGAGCCCUCACCUCUUGGUUCGUGUUUGUUCUGUGUGUGUCUGUCGAUCUGCAGGUUGGCGCCGGCGCCGCAUUCCUUCGCCCCUCUGUCCGCACUCUGCCUUCUGUGGCACGGUGGCACCGUGGGAUCAGUCAGCCCCCUUACCUGCUGCGCAGCAUUCAGAGGGCCGCCUCGACGAGUUCCGGCGGACGCCAAGGUGGGAGCGCUGUGCAGAGAGGUCAAGGCGUUGCCUCGCUACCCAGCUGGGUACAUCAACCCAGGAAACGUCCUUCUGCAGAACCAAUCCAUCAGCGUUGCCGACACUGUGGCUGAAGCGUUCAAGAAUGUGGGCGACUGCGGCCGCAAUCCGAUACGCUUCUUCAUCAAGCGAGCGCCAAGUGAGACGAAAUAAAUGGGAAGAUCGAAAGCUACACCUAUGGGCUGGAUGGGCACAUGGUCUCUCCCUGUAUGUGUGUUGUGGCGUGGUUUGUUUCAGGGCCUGUUCGAUGGGCGCUCCUUUUCCCUAUCGGUCUGCCCGUUCCCAUAUACGACUAG